UUAAUAGAAUAUUAUUUCUCUUAGCAGGAAUGCAUGAUGUCAACGCCAGUCUUGGAUUGAGUUCUGGCAAUGCUGGAAGGCGUGAUUCAUUUGAUCGCAAUACGUCCGCUUUUUCGCCGUCCAUGGACUAUGCUCGUCCUCCCAAGUGGCCUCAGUACGGAGCACUUGCUUCACAGAGUCCUCUCGGCUUGGCAUCUGGUUCACUAACGCCACCGCCAACAAUGGGAUCAGCGUCCAAUUUACAGCUGGGACUGAUGAGUUCAGCAGCCAACAAUGCCAACCGAAGCUUGAUGAACGCUGCACCUGGUGCUGAAACCAUGUCUAAAUUUAGAGCUAGUGAUUAUGCAAUGGGAGGUCUGGCUGCAAAUGGAACUAUGUUCAAUACUGCGGCCAAUCCAAACGCAUCGAGUUCGUUGUUCAACAAGAUGGGAGUUAGAGGAAGCACAUCGUCUCUUGGUGGAUCUUCUAUAACAUUAGAUUCAAAACCAUCAGGUCGAAGCCGUCUAUUGGAAGACUUCAGGUAGAUGAGUUUUUAAAUAA